AUGCCGAACACUGCGCAUCCCCAGAUGUCCUCCAAUCAGCAUCUCGGCAACAUUAGAGACCAUAGUGCAGAGUAUUCUUCUGCCGAGUCCGAUAAUGAUCAUAUCGGAGCUAAUGGCUCGUUAAAGCGAAAGCGCCCCCUCAUUGUCUCGUGCGAAUUGUGCAAGCAGCGAAAAGUCAAAUGCGACCGAGUUCAGCCAAGCUGUGGCUGGUGCACCCGCAAUGGUCAAAUAUGUGAAUACAGAGAGCGCAAGAAGCCUGGCCUCAGGGCCGGCUAUGGUAAAGAGCUAGAGCAGCGCCUUGAUCGAUUGGAAGAUAUCAUUCAGUCGCAAGCUCGCCUAAUUGAAAUGCACAUCUUGCAGAAUCAAUCCUCGAUAGGCCACGAAAUGCCUCACGCGGGGCCUCUGUCCUAUAGCUCCCCAUCAGAGCCCUCAGCAGCACAUGGCCCCAGCCCUAGUACUGCUUUGUACUUGAAUGAUCCUGGUUCCUCGGUCACUUUGCCAUCCCGCCGUGCAGAUGUGUCAUUAACCAGUCCAUCUGAUACAUCGCCUCGAAAUUCCUCGAACCACUUCCAUAACAUGAUGGCUGUAACGCCGGUGGGAUCAAUGACACAGACCCAAAGCACGCACCAUGAUUACUCAGGGAACGAAUCGUCAUUGAAGGUUCCUGUUAAGAUUUUCUCCAACCAAGAACAGUCGCUUGCCGAUCCGGAUCUUGAUCUCCCACCAUAUGAUCUUCUCUAUGCAUUGGUGGAUCUCUAUUUCGAACAUAUCAACUCCUGGUGUCCGAUCUUUCAUCGCCGAACAACACUAGACACAUUCUUUGGUCCAGCGCCUCUAGAAGAGGCGGACCGAAUGGUUCUUUAUGCUAUCGUGGCAACAACGCUACGAUUUUCAUCGGAUGCUAGGCUGAACGACCAAAACAGGAAGCGGUAUCAUAACUCGGCCAAGCAAAAGGUCCUUUUCUAUGGUUUGGAGAACUCGUCUGUCAAAGCACUUCAGGCACUUGUGAUCUUGGCAUUAGAUCUGGUAGGUUCCUCAAACGGCCCACCUGGCUGGAAACUUCUCGCUUUGAUCACCCGAUCAGUGGUUCAGCUGGGCCUGGCCGUUGAGUCUAAAUCCUCACUUGUGAACCCCUUAUAUCCUUCGAUCUAUACUCUGAGGGCUGUUACUCUUUCAGAACCAGACUCUUGGAUUGAGGACGAGAGUCGGCGGCGUCUGUUCUGGAUGGUAUAUUUGCUUGAUCGAUACUCAACCCUGGCUACUGCAUUCAACUUUGCCUUGGAUGACAGAGACAUUGAUCGCAAGCUACCUUGCAAGGAUGAUUUCUUCAUGAAAAAUCAACCAGUGGAAACGCGAUUGUUCCAGUGCUCUAGCGAUCGUGCAGACUAUCUCAGUCAUGCAGAAAAUGUCGGCUCCUUCGGGCUUUAUGUCGAGAUUCUGGGCAUUCUUUCGAGAAUUCACCUGUUCUUGAAGAGGCCUGUGGAUAUUGGCGCUCUUUCGGAUGUCGAAGAAUGGCAAUCGACAUAUCGCAAACUUGAUAGCGAGUUGACAUCAUGGGAAUUCAAUCUUCCUGCAGAAUACGCCUAUGAAAAUUCAUCUCGUCUUUUUAGUGGGCCGAAAAAUGGUCGACCUUUGCACAGCGACUGGGUACAGUUACAUGCCACAUAUCAAACGGCUGUGAUCCGUCUGCAUUCUUCAGCAGCAUAUCCGACAACCCGAUCCCCAAUCUUCACACCUUCAUAUAGCGCGAGCCAACGGUGUCUCCUCGCCGUCGAGAACAUCUUAUCGGUAACCCGGUUCGUCGUAGAAAACAACAUGCUGGACAAGAUGGGUCCACCUUUCGCCUUCACCCUCUGGGUUUCGGCCCGUCUUCUUCUCGUCCAUGGCUCAACAAUCGCGCACACCGUCAGUGCAGAUAUCCUCUUCUUUGUGGACACUUUGUUCCAGUUAGGAAAAUACUGGAAAGUUGCAGAGCGAUACAGCAAUAUCCUCCAACGCGUCUUAGACGAAUACAACGAAUACCAACAAUCUACCGCCCUAGAUGGUGAACGUUCCACACCAUCAACAGUCAAAAUUCUUGCCGACAUGCGUCGCUGCGCCUUCGAUCUUGAUUUCUUGAUCUCUCGCCAACCCCGCGAAUCGCCCGCAGACAACGGCAUAGGCGAUAGCCACCAGUCAAGGCCCGUUCCAGCAAUGCCACCUCGCAAUUUUGCCCCCAAUGAGCUCGAAUACCUUGACGUUUUCGGCUUCUUCAAUGUCCCCCGUGUUCCUCCAGCCAGAGCCCCUGAGCCGACUACACAGUCGAUGGCCAUUCCCGAGUCUGUACAGGAUCCGAUGUCAAUCCAUGGACUGACGGCUGCGGAUCCACCUGCAGGAGUUGUUGAUACGAGCCAUGCCAAUUCGAACGAGUUCAAUAUCACCAACUAUUUGAUUCCGACGCCUGAGACGGAUUGGCUUUUCCGUCCAUCUUAA